AUGGCAGCAAUCCACUCCCAACUUGAUCCCCUCCCUCAAAAUCUCCCCUUUGAAAUCAUUUCUAAAACUAUUGGCCGCGGGGCUUAUGCAUCAGUCAAGAAAGGUCGAGUACCCCAAACUGGUGAAGUGUUUGCGGUAAAGUUCAUACACAAGCGGUACGCAAUCGAGCGGGGAAAGAUUACGCCACGACAGAUUACGGCGGAGAUCACCCUUCACAGGCACUGUGGGUACCAUCCGAAUCUCAUACAAUUUUAUGAUUACGGAGAGGAUGAGGUAUGGACUUGGAUUGGAAUGGAGUUUGCCUCGGGUGGGGAUUUAUUUGACAAGAUUGAACCCGAUGUCGGUGUUGCUGAGGAUGUCUGUCACUUUUACUUUACGCAACUGGUUGCCGGUGUUUCGUAUAUCCAUGGGCAGGGGAUCGCCCAUAGAGACAUCAAACCGGAGAAUAUACUGCUCGACGAUCGUGGGAAUUUAAAGAUUGCUGAUUUUGGUCUUGCCACGGUCUUUAGCUUUAAGGGCUCAUACAAGUCUACUUCAAACGUCUGCGGAUCCCCUCCGUAUGUUGCGCCGGAGGUGCUGAUAGGGAGUUAUCGGGGGGAUCGGGUCGAUGUUUGGUCUAGCGGUGUAUUACUCUUUGUGCUAUUGGUGGGAAACACACCCUGGGACGAGCCUGGUCCCUUGUCGUGGGAGUUUGAGGAGUUCAAGAGAACCAAUGGCCGCCCGACAUACGAUCCUUGGCCAAGCAUUUCUCCAGAUGUCCUUUCUCUGCUCCGGGGCAUGAUGAGAUUGGACCCUCUCACGAGGUUCACAUUUGAGGAAAUUCGGCGCCAUCCGUGGUUUACACGGUGCAAUCCCCAUCUCACGGAGGACGGAUCUUGCAUUGACAGCGUGAAUUUGGCAACGCAGUUGAUGGAAGGUUUACAUGUCAACUUUAACGACGUACCAGCUAGUCGAGGAGUAUCUCAAUCCGUUAGCGACGAUUUCAGCAGAUUGUCAUCAACGCAGCCGGAAACUCCGAUUGCCGAUGUUGACUUUGAAUGGGAGAGACCGUGGCAGUCUUCCUCACAACCCCUGGAAAUACCACAGGAUUUCAGCUCUCAAGAUUUCUGGGCUAGCUUGGCCGAGGAUCCCACCAUGAGCCAAUUUGCGCCUCAGCCCUCUCUCCCCCUGUCUCUUACCCAAAAUGCCCAAAAGUUCCAGGACAUCUGCCCCUCACAGCGCAUGACACGUUUUUAUUCUUCCUAUUCUUUCCGGCAGAUCUUGCCCAUCCUUGCGAGCGCUCUCCAUCGUCUAGGGGUCACGGCACCAGCGUUCAAGCCGUCCGACUACGAUGAUAACAAUACGGAGACCUGGAUACCCGUCAAGACAUUGGACAAGCGAAAGUGUCAUUUGAAAGGGGAUAUCCUGGUCGGGAGGAUGGCACCGGAUGUAUUGCAAGUUAGUUUUUCAAAGACAAUAGGUGACCCAUUGGAGUGGAGAAGGUUCUUCAAGGUAUAUAUCCAUCCAUUCAUUGGGGGGGGUGUCCGGUCCCUCCUACGGGUUCAUUGGCUAACCAAGGGGGUAAUAUGCAGAAAGUAG